CUUUCAUGUAGUUGGUAUGCCUGGGGUGGGAAAGACAACACUUGCAAGACAUGUUUUUUGUGAUGAUGCAAUGAAAGAUUUUAACCCAAAAGUAUGGGUAUCUGUGUCGGAUGACUUCAAUCUUGAAAGAGUGACAAAGGCAAUUCUUGAAUCUGCCACAUCUGGUCCGAUGGCCGAAUUCAAGGAAUUCAACAAGGUUCGAGAAAGUGUGAGUAAGGAAUUAAGCGGCAAAAAGUUUCUAAUUGUUCUAGACGAUGUUUGGAAUACAUGUGUAUGAUUUGUGGACAAAAUUACAGUCUCCUUUUCAUGUUGGAGCAUUAGGAAGUAAGAUAGUUGUGACAACACGCGAUGCAAAUGUUGCAAAGAUGAUGGGUUCCACUGUCUAUCAAUUGGAUUGCAUAUCAGAUGAUCAAUGUUGGAAAGUCUUUGAGCAUUAUUCCCUCUUGGACAUUACCAACAAUAGGCCGCAAAAUUUUGGGUUGGUUAAGAAGAAAAUUGUUGCAAAAUGCAGCGGAUUGUCCUUGGCUGGAAGGACUCUUGGUGGUCUUCUACGCUGUAAACAAGUAGAAGAAUGGGAGGAAAUCUUAAACAAGAAGAUGUGGAGUCUACCAGAUAAUAGUGGCAUUCUCCCAGUAUUAAAAUUGAGCUAUCACUAUCUCCCUUCGAGUUUGAAACGAUGCUUUGCCUAUUGUUCCCUACUUCCGAAUGACUAUGAAUUUGGGGAGAAGCAGUUGAUCCUUCUAUGGGUUGCAGAGGGUUUGGUUCAACAACAACCAGAGGACAAGAAACAAUUUGAAGAUACAUGCAGUGAUUAUUUUCAAGAGCUAUUGUCUAGGUCGUUAUUUCAAAAGGCAAGCAAAGGCAAUGACAAAUAUGUAAUGCAUGACCUUGUUGGUGAGUUGGCACGGUGGGCUGCAGCUGAAAUAUGCUUCUCACUGGAGGAUAAGGGAAAUGAUGACUUACAACUUAAACUAGUUCUGAUGGCUCGUCAUAUGUCUUAUGUCAGUGGUGUGUAUGAUGGUGUUAAAAAAUUUGAGGCCAUCUCCAGAGUUAAACAUUUGAGGACAUUCCUACCGUUUUCACAAUCUUGUGGAAACAAUCUAACUCAUACGGUUACAUUUGACCUAUUGCCAAAAUUGCGAAUCUUACAAGUGCUUUCACUGAAUGGCUAUGGAAUAACUGAGCUGCCCAAUUCUAUUGGUAAAUUGUGGAAUCUACAGUAUCUUGACCUUUCUUACACAUAAAUAAAGAGUUUGCCUACAUCAAUAACAACUCUUUGCAAUUUGCAGACAUUGUUGUUAGAAAAUUGUUAUAAUUUGAAGGUAUUACCUGUAGACAUGAGUAAUCUAAUUAGUCUGCCACAUCUCCACAUUUCCAAAAUAUGUUUGUUGGAAGGAAUGCCUCCACAUUUAGGUCGACUGGCAAAUUUGCAAUCCUUGCCGUAUUUUGUGGUGGGUAAAGGUAGUGAUCAGUCUGGGAUAAGAGAGAUAGGGUCCUUACUGCAUCUUCGAUGGACAUUGUGCCUCUCAAGAUUGGAGAACGUGAAGGAUGGUGAGGAUGCUAGCGGGGCCAAUUUAAUAGGCAAGGAAAGGCUUGAUUCAUUGGAGCUGAAAUGGUCUUAUUUGAGCGGAUUGAGAGAAAUGGAGUUGGGCGUGCUUGGCAUGUUACAACCUCCUAAAAUUCUCAAAGAGCUCACCAUCAAGUGUUAUGCUGGAUUGAAAUUUUCUUUGUGGAUUGGAGAUCCUCUGUUCUCUAACAUGGUGCGUGUGAGCUUAUACAAUUGUUCUAAUUAUCAUCUCUUGCCACCAGUUGGACAGUUGCCUUGCCUUAAAGAACUUUAUAUCACGGGAAUGUUUGCAGUGGAAGUUGUUGGUCCCGAAUUCUAUGGAGAGGGUAGCUUUCCCUUUCGAGUAUUAGAGAUUCUCAAGUGUUCGGAUAUGAAGCACUGGGAGAAAUGGCUGCCUUUCGAUCAGGAUAUGAGUAGCGGUGUUUUCCCUAGCCUAAAAUUUCUUUCAAUCCAAAUGUGCCCUAAACUGGGGGGUGAGUUGCCGAAGAAACUUAAUUCGUUAACGACACUUGAGAUUGUUAGAUGCGAGGAAUUGGUGGUUGCAAUUGCCAACUAUGAACAAGUGAGAGAAUUAAAGAUCUACGGUUGCAAAGCGCUGGUACAUUCAACGACUGUGGUUGACUUGAAGUUAUUAGAGACCUUGUGCCUCUCAAAUAUUUUGGAGCUGCGGUUGCAAGCAGGGGGAUUUACAAAAGGAUUAGGCAAGAUUAAGGAGUUGACGAUUCUCAGUUGUGAGCAGCUGACGGCUUCAUUGAAAAAUGAGGAUAGAUGUUUCCCUCACCUGAUUUCUCAACUGUCGAAGGGGCUGCUUCAAUUGUCAUCUCUUCAGGAGCUUCACAUACGGCAUUGUUCACAUCUAGUUUCUUUUCCAGAUGUUGGCCUGCCACCUUCUCUUACAGUCUUGAAGAUUACAGAAUGCGACUCUCUGAUGUAUAUUUCAAAAUAUCAAAUUCCCCGAAAUCUGAAAAGAAUACAUAUAUCGUGGUGUAGAAGUUCGAAAUCAUUAGUGGAGGAGGAGAAGGAGCUUGUUGGUUCUUCUUCGUCUUCUUUUUCUCUGAGCACUUGGAGAUAUCUGUUUGUCCAUCUCUGACAUCGUUAUCGUUGAGAGGCCAGCUUUACAAGGCGCUUAAACACCUUGAGGUAUUCACCUGUGAGCAGCUGGAGUUAAUAGCACCAGACGGGUUCUUCCACGACAAUACUAAUAAUUCUCUUGAAUAUAUUAGUAUUGGCAGUUGUCAAAAUCUGAAAUCCUUGCCGGAGGGCCUAUGCCACCUCUCCAAUCUUCAAGCUUUUAUGGUUUCCAACUGUGCAAGUCUUGUUUCCAUCCCGAGACUGAGUUGGGGGAGAAGAGCCUCCAAUCUUAAAGAGAUCAGAAUCACCGGCUACGAAAAAUUGGUGGUGUUACCGGAAGACAUUCACAAUCUCGCCUCUCUUCAGGAAUUGGAGAUCGACUUCUUGGAAGGUUGGUUUGACUUCCUUUCCCCCCAACCUGACUUCACUUCAAGUUUAUGAAGUCAAGAGUUGUAAGAAGCUCUAGGAGUAGGAAUUGCACAAACUCACCUCUCUCAAAAAGUUGUUGAUCCUAAGUGAAGAUCCAGACGUGGUGUCGUUUCCACCCCACGGGAAGGAGGAGAUGGAGAUGCUGCUCCCCAAAUCUCUCACUGAGCUGACAAUUUCUGGCUUCCCAAAUCUGAAGAAAUUCAGCAAGAGCAUUCACUUCCUCACCUCUCUUCAGACUCUGAAGCUCUUUGCUUGCCCAAAGCUGGCAUCCAUUCCAGAGGAGGGCCUGCCUCUUUCACUUGCGCAAUUUACGAUGGACAAGUGUCCUCUACUAGAAGAGAGAUGUCAACCUGGAAAAGGACGAUAUUGGCCCAAAAUAUCCCACAUUCCUUGCCUGAACGUAUAGAUCAUACAAGGUCUGAAGCUCCAGCUGAAGGAGUGGCCUGGUCAUUGGUGCGUACGUGCGUGACACAUGAACCAGUUCUGGCACAAGUCCAGAAUCGUGCUUAUGAAGGCACUAUGGGCAAGUAACUUUCUGAUAACCUCCUCCCUCAGAGAGCAGAGAGAGGAACAUGCAUAAACUGGAAGUACAUUUAUCAUUGCAUAUGAUAUAGUUUGUGAUCAUCCCAGAACAUAUAUGUAAGAAUUCUAUCAUGAACCAGAUCUUUCAAUAAAUUGUGAAUAUAUACAGCUAUCUUACAUGUCAA